AUGGUGCUUAUCAAAGAGGUAGUGCUGGACCUCACCAACUUCGUGCUGUCCAACGCCAACGACGCUAUUUCGUUCAAGCCGCAGCUAUUCUACCAGGUGCCCGCCCAGGACUACGUGGAGCUACGCGAGCGCUACAUCGCGUUCACGGGCACGUCCAUGCGCAAAAACAAGUCGAAGCUGUACUUCCUGCCCACCAAUAUAUCGGACGAGCUGCAGCAGCUCAACCCGUCGAUCCCGGAGUCGGCCAAGCGCGUGCCGCGCGAUGGCCACGUGUACUAUAAGAACCGACUCAUCACAGAGCUCGAUUUCGAGAACGUCAAGCGCGUCGAGCUCGCUUGCGCCUACAUAGCGUACGCAGCGGUCAACAAGGCCACGGGCGUUGAGGUCGACGAUGUGGUUGCGGAGUCCGGCGACUACGACGCCGACUCGGGCUCUCUCGCAGACCCCGACCCCUCCUCUGCUGGCGCCGGCGCUGGCGCUAGUGGCACUGACGACUCAGACAAGCUCUCCCCUGCCGAGAGCACGCUUCAAGCCCUGCGGCGCGGUGGCGUGAUAGGCUUCCGCGAGCUCGGCUACCUCGUCUCCAUUACACCAUGGCACUUCCACCGUGUCUUCAAGGUGAUCACAGGCCUUACCAUCCGUGAGUACGGCCAGCUUUGUACCGAAUUUGUGAAGAAAAACCGCGACAUCAUGAACGCGUGCAAGAAGAAGGUCGAAGAGCUAAAGAGCCAGGGCCACUCCUUCCACUGUUUCGACGAGCCCGACUUCCUCAAGGACGGGUCCCUCUGCUACGAACCCACGACGAACGUCGUUCUGCUUCCGGAGUACUUUAUCGAUCCCAACAAGUCUAAAGAGCACAAGAAGAAGCAAAAAGAGUCCAAGUCUUCUGACGGGAAGUGCAGCCAGCGCGUCGAGGCGCGGAAGCGCAGAAGCUCUGUCAUGUCCGGCAGAAUUCGCCGCGCGUCACAAACCAGUAUCGCCUCUAAUUCCUCCAUUCAGGAUCCGCUUCAAAGCGAAGUUAGCUAUCCUUCCACCCCUCAGCUAAGCCCUUCCGAGCAGGCUGCCGCGCACCACUCCGGAAAUUCAUUGUCCGCCUCACCAGUAGUAGGCUUCAACCUUGGAGGCACCAUGGACGCCCCUGUAAUGGGUACUAGACCUCUCAAUCCACAGUAUCUGGCGAAAUCUCGAAAGGGCAGCUUGGUCAACUCGGCCACCGGCGUGCUUUCAUCAGCUUCGGCUUUGGGUAAAGUCCUGAAGCCAAGGAGCAGCGGAGGAGCCGUCAGCGGUGGAUCUAACUUUAUUCGGAAAAUGAGCGAGCCUUCUCUGGCGCUGGCUGCUAGAGGUCUGCAGAGCUUGCCUUUGGAAGCUGACGGCGAUGAAGCCAAUGCAGGAAUUACAACCGUGACGAGUGCGACCGACUUGAAUUUGCAGCCAGUGCUCUCGCCUCAGAUCGACUUCAAGUUUGACAUUUUUGGAACCGCUGGCAGUCGCGAAGACCCCAUGGGAUCUGGUUCUUGUGUUGCCUCUGGCUCUGCUUCGGGGGCGUCUUUGUCCGUCGCCGAAACUGACAGCGCUCAGACGCCCUCUAAUCCAAAUGGCGAGUCCCGCACGGUCUCCUCUUUGACUGCUGGUUCAAGCAACGGCAGCUUGAAUAUGGGUUUCGCAGAUGAAAUCGCGCCCAACGCUCUUGCGCCCGCCGAGCAAAAUGAAUACUCGAUUGGGAUGCCAGCAGGGAGCUCUAGCACUGCAGCCACUUCAGUACAAGGAUUUGCGUCGCGAGCUAAUGAGUCCCUUCCACGGGGAUCAGUGCACACUCUCCUCGACGACAUCACGGGGUUGGAGCCCGAGGAGAAUAUGCUGCUGGACCUAAACGCCAUGCACGACGAAGACCUCUCAGCUCAGUCAUACGGUCUCCUCGGCCCCAAGGCUGAAACCGGCAUCCACAGCAGCAACAGCUUCACUAGCCUCCCUAACUAUGCGGCAUCUUCCCUACACCAAGAUCACCAGGGGCAGCACGAUUUGCAAGUGCUUCAACAAGGACAUACAGCGCAGCAGCAGUUUUCCGCGCAGGAAAUCUCAGCGCUGAGCGGCGGUGAACUUCCAUACUCACGGAACCGCCUCAAUUCUGUGGCCCCGGAGAUGGAUGACCUCGACCGCAUGUUUCUAUCUGGAUACGAAGGCUCUACUCCAGGCUUAUCCUCAGCUUUGGCUGCCCAGUUCUCCACAGGCGACGUCGACACUCUUGGCAUGAACGCGCAUAUGUCAUCUGAACAAUCUACUAGAGACAACACCAUGGCUACCACUGCUACUGCCGCGACUGCCGACACCACCGAUUCUACUCGAGCUUUCGAAGACAAGAAUACUCUGGAGUCCUACACCCAUCUUGGGUUCGAUACCCUUUCACCUUGCGCGUCGCCUACGUCCCGCAUCGACCAAUCUUCCUUCGAGGCGAUGAUCUCUUCCUCAGGCAACGAAGAGAUCGUCGGGAACCAAUUCCACUUUGUACAGUGA